GUCACCUUGCCGGAUACUUAAAAUCACAGGGCACGUGACACCGCGAAAUGCGGGACGCGCCUCAGCAAAAGGCGAUUCAACGACGUGAAGCGAUUCCGCAGGAUUUGAAUACAAUAGUCAAUUGCAAAAAUAAACUAUACCAAAAUGUCAUACUAUGAUAUCGACUCUAUUUUAACAGAUGCCCAGAAAUUGCCAUGCACAUUUGAACUCGAGGUACCAGGACUCGGCAUCCUAGAGGGCAAUCCCGGCGACAAUAUCAAAGCCGGCACUCGGAUCGACCUCCCACUAUGGCUGGGUGAAAUGCUCUCAAUCGGAGCUCGGCUGGGCACUUCUCGCUUAGUCUCAAUUGACAUCCCUUCUGCAUUAUCAGAACGAGUAAUGAAUGCUUUGAAAGCUGAUCCCCGGACCGUCGAUCUACGGGCAUUAGCUCCGCAUUUCUAUAGCCUGAGCGAGCGAGUCUUAGAGCUUUUCGAAGAAGAAGAGAUGGUCGAUGUCCUAAUCAAUACAUAUAAGAGACGGGCUGCAGAAAUCGCCGAUCAUGCCCACAAUCCGAAGGGUGCUCUUGGGGAUGGUGUCGAGUUCCUGCGGGGCUUGGAUGAGACGGAGAGGCAGCUGUUCCGCGUGGCCCAUGAUAGUGCCAGGGAGACACGCAUAUGGGCCGGUGAAGCGAAGAAGAGGUGACGUGAGGGAAGCGGGAUCAACAUUUAAAAUUGAACGGACUGAGCUGUGGCCGUCAUAUGGGCCAUGUCUAUUAUGCUACCCGGAAUGCAAGUAUGACUAGGUUAAUCUGUUUAGGACUUGUUAUAUCGGCGGAGUUAAGGUAUUCGCAUUUACAUACAGAGAAAUUGUCUUUAUUGCUCCUACAAGUAUAGCUUUCAAGAUGAAAGAAUUAAAGUCAA